ACGCGUCCAUCUCGAAUUACUUACCUUGCACCUAUCCUUCCCCUAGUUUGCUAUUAGCAGGCUCUGAAAACUAUGUCACGCGACCGUCCACAAGCAAUGCGUAUCACAUCUUACCAUGGUGCAAAGCGCAAUCUCCUCGGAAACCAAGCUGGAAAUGUGCCACCUGCAUGGCGGGAUAGCAAGGACAAGCAGAAAGAACGAGGAAGCAAGAUUCUGCUCAGCAGGCUCCCUGUAGAUGUUGGAGAAACAGAAGUUGAAGAACUGUUCAAGAAGACUGUAGGUCCUCUGAAAGAGUGUUUCGUGAUAUACAACACACAAGGGCGCUCGAAAGGGAUGGCGGUAAUAACAUUUCAGCGCCCGGGAGAUGCGGCCGCAGCUCGUGCGAAAUAUGAUGGUAAACUCAUCGACGGCAGACGUCCAAUAAAGAUCGAGAUAAUUGUUGAUUCGGAUGAUGCAGCCGCGGGCUCUCUGCCUGCGCCUGCGCCUCCAAUUCCUUCAUUAUUAGGACGUAUCGGGAAAGUCGCGGGUGCCCCGAAGAGCGGCCUCCUUGCUCCUCAGAGCCAAAUACUAAACAUAAAUGUUCCGCCCGCCGGCCCUCAAAAAAUUGCAGUGGCACCUCGCAUUGUUCAGACUGCUGCAACGAAGCCCGUCGCAAGGCGCCGGAAGAAGAAGGGCGCACGACGCGUCAAUAAGUCAAACGUUGCCCAAAAAUCACUUGCCCAACUGGACCAGGACAUGGAGGAGUACAAGGCUAGCGCUGGCGGUCAUAAAGAGAAUAGCAGCCAGUAGUUGAUGUGUCUUUCUUGGGAUGUCUGACAUAUCGCUGAUCCCUUCACCUAUAUUGUAUAACAUGCUUUUCGCUUGAGAGCAGGACCAUAAUGAGAUAAUUUAAUUGGUGUACCCAGGGUAGCCCGGCAUCCUGUUUUUUUCUGCGCAAGACUUAUUGUUGACACAUCGAGCAUCCACUUGCAAAUCAAACAAUCAAUUUACGGCUACAUAAUCUUGCCUAUAUAUCCC